UUCAUUUGCGUAAACGUUAAAGAGACUCGCGUUGACGAAUUCACUUCCGGACUCGACGACGUGAAAAUAAAAAAUUGAAAUAAAUAAAAACUGACCAGAAGUCGCCGGUGUGGAGUACUACGUGAGAAUUUUUCUAAGUCAAUAAUUCAGAAUUCGAAAGUCAGACGGUGUUAGAUCUACAUAAAACAGUGUUCCAUGGAAGUCCGUACCGCGAUUAUUUUACACCUUACAAACACGUUUAAAAUGUUGUAUCUCGCGGACGAAGAUAAUGCGGAUAUCUCUUUAGCUCUGCGUCAAAUCGUGCGUGUGAGACGACGUAUCAUACCGAAAACACAACAGUGCAUUACGAGUGCGUCGAGGUCGGUGUAGGUGGAUCGAUACUCGGUCGUCGGGACGGCGUCAAAGGUUGGCAUUCGUGAGGCACAAGGAAGGGGGUCUCUCUUCGCAGUCGGUCUCCGGGAGUCGGCGUGUUGAAGGUGCGGAGUAGUUUCCGAGCAGUCGAACGAACCGGUACUCGAACGAAUGGCAGCGGCAUUGCGGUUUGCACAGAGAGUCGCGAGUUCGCAGCUUUGAUGCGGUGCGGUAGCUGGUGACCGAGACUUUUUAUCGUAAUCUCCGUUCGCGAUUUUAGUAAUUUCCUGCGGGCACGCGAACACCGGAAGCUCUGUUAUUCCGGUUAGGGAGUUUACGCAGCUGACAGAUGCCGCAUGGUCGGGAUAAAGUGGAGAUCGACCGCAUGGAAAUAGUGCAAACUGUGGUCCGUCACUCGAGUGGCAGAUAGAGAUCGACGAUUUUUACCCCACGCGGAGAUGAUGGUCACGUUCGGGGUGCGGUGCUGAUGCGGAGAGGAAGAUGCUGCGGUUUAUAUCGGUAGUCGAAUCUCAUUUCUGCACAUUUCACAGGCGCCGAUCGACGUAAGUUGAUUAACGAUCCACGGCCCUGGACUGUUCGCAGAUGGUGACAUGCCGAGUUCAUAUCGGGUAAGUUUUCCUGUCGGUGAAAGUGGCGAGCAGCAAAUUGAUAACCGAGGGAAAUCCGAUGAGAAUUUGGGUCAUCGCAAACGAAGCAGUUGCAGCAGUGCCUUACGCCGCGGUUGAUUCGCCGAUAGAAGCGAAACGUUCCGUUCGAUAACAAACACCGCACGAGGGUGAAGUGCUUGAAACUUGACAGAUGCCACGUGCUCGGAUCGAGUUUGAAACGAUCUCGCCGCUGGUUCGUCAGCAUCGCAAUCCGCAUAACCGGCGCCGGUAGCGCGGAGGAGAAACGUGAGAUCCGUCCGGCGAGCAGCCCAGGGUGCAGGAAAGGGUAUAAAUAGGCAACGUGUUGGUUGGCUGUUUGGUGGGGGCCGGGAGACGGUUGCUCGUCGGUGAAAAUAGAAAAGAAUGUUUUUGGAUUCCAAUUGGACUUGGUUGGCAGAACGAUGGGGCAAUAUGGCCGACUUGGCCGAGCGGGUGGACGAUCUGAUAUGCAGUUUUGACUCGGCCGGUGACACUACCAUGGAUACACUAUCGAUGUUGGUGUUCGGUUGGAUGCUCUUCGGGCUGAUAGUGCUGUGCGUUGGUAAAUACGUUUACAAUCGGUUCGCCCUGAACGCCAUUGGGGCGUCCGGAUCCGUUAAAGACGGUCAUGGAUUCGCGGCGCACGCAACUGUGGACGGUAUUGUCACUCCCGGUGCUGGUGCUAGUGUCGGAGGUCCUGGUGCCGGUGGGCUCAAAGGGAGUGCCCAAAAUUCGCGGAACGCGUCCUCUCCGGUUUCAGUUUCACUGAAGUCUUCGUCGAUCGGUGCUGGUCCCGGAACUUUGGCCGCUGGUCCCGGCGGAGGUGGGGGUGGAUCUUCGGGGUACGUGCCGCCGACACCACCGGUGAGGAAACGGCUCACACGGAAGACUUCCGGUCCCUUGAUAAGCCCCGCGCGAAGCUCGAGGGCUCUUCAUCUUCCAACUGCUACCGGGGCUGACGCCGAGGCUGUGCGAUGGGUGAACGAGCUGAUAGUGUGGCUGCACUCGGACCUUGUUAUCCUCAACGAGCUACUCGCUACCUGGGUAAUUUCACUCAACGAAUUCACCGCCGGCUCUGUCGAGGAGCAUGGUGUCGGUGUCGAGUUCGUGCGGGUUCUUCCCGAGACGCAUUCACCCGUCCUUUCGAACAUCUUCUGCGAAUGCGACUCGAAGGACGACGUCACAAUUACCUGCGACUGCGAAGCGACGCCGGCUCUUCAGCUAAAAGCGUUCCGACAGCGAGGUGAAAAGGUCGAAGCCAGUCACUAUCGCGUCAACGUCAACCGUUUCCGAGCGCGACUUCACUUGGUCUGUAUCACAGAAAAGCUGCUGCUGGAUCUGAAGUGCGACGGAUGGCCGGAGGUCAAGGUGUCUCUGGCUCCGGUUGGAACCAUAAAGAAGGACCUGGACGAGAGCCAGCUGCAAGAGGUCGUGACCGAGAUCGUCGUCGGUGCGCUUCGUGGCACCAACGUUCAUCUGAACCUCGUACAGUACCCAACCUGCCCUAGACUAUGGAGAGAACCACCACCGCAGCCGGGAUUCUCCCUGCCUCUUCACUACGACAGUAUGAAUUAUUCGAAUACAGUGACAGAUCAACAACAUCUUCAGAUCCACCAGAGGCACUCCCCUACCAUGCAAUACGCCCGUGGCGAUCGACGACUUUUGGUCAAGAUUGUGAAGGCAUCCGAUAUCGGUGGUGCCGAAGGGUGCAAGGAACCCUACUGCGUUGUAGAACUCGACGAACCACCACAGAAAAAUCAAACUUCCAUCAAAAAGGACAACGUCAACAAUCCGCAUUGGGACGAAGCUUUCUUGUUCGACGUUAGUCAGAACACGUCGGAGGUGCUGCUGGAGGUUUACGACCACGUUAAUAAAGGGCAGCGUUUCCUGGGACUUGGGAUCGUGGGUGUGGAGGAAUUGCUGAUCAACCCUAGUCAGAGACAAAUCAUACCUCUGCAGGCUCGGCCUUAUGAACAGGACGAAGUUACGGGGACCCUGACAGUCGAGUUCCUCUUCAUCGAAGGCGCCGAGGUGCCGCAGAUCGGGACCAAACCGUACAAAGUCAAAGAGAGCAUCAAGCCGGUCCAAUCGCCGACCCGUAGCUACACACCAACAAAACAUCUGAACAACACUAGCUUAAAUUACAACAACGGUAACAGCACCUUUAUCUUAUACGAUUCUGGCAGUCAGUCUCCAGGGGGUGAUUACCUCUCCAAUGGGAAUGGGCUUGAUUCUCCGUACAGGACGGGCCAAUUCAACGGGAACAAAGGGACGCUGAUAGUCCACAGCCAGCAGAGACAGCCAGAGCGACAAAUCGUCAAGGUUGCACUGACGGAAGCUGGAAAUUGGCAAGAAGUCUCGCCUGAGCACGGUACAAAAGUCAACAGCACGGGAUCGGGUCCAGAAAGCACUCCGAAUUCCUCAAAUUCUGAAGGACUCAGAGAGAGAGGUAGGACGCGGAGAAAACGCCGGGACUUUUUUGGGACUAUAAAGAGGCGCCUUGGCCGAUCAAAGAACAGGAGUCGGUCUGUCGGACCCGAAGGUGAUGCACCGUACGAAGAAGCCCAUUCGAGGUCGAUAUCAGCCGACAGAGCUCGUGAUCCUGGCUCAGGUUUGCUGUCCGUACCAGGAAGAGAAGAACAGUCUAGGAGGUCGAGUCUGAGCGAGGCUUCUGCAGUGAGCGGAACUUCGACGCGAACUUAUCUGAACGAGGCUUCGACCCUCGUUCUGGAAACCCUGGAGAACGGGAUAAAGAAACACUACCUCGUGCCGUUGUCUCUCGCGCAAAAGAGUAAAUGGAGAAAAAAAGGCACGAAAUUGCACAUCUUCAACGAUCACACCUUCAUUGCGAAACACAUGCCAGGAGGCACAAUUUGCGAGGUUUGCAAGCGAACUUUGGCUCGAAGGUUGGGUAAGCAGGGCUACGAGUGCAGGGACUGUCAGCUUAAAUGUCACAAGCAUUGCCACGUCAAAGUCGACUCGACUUGCUCAUCGUCGACCAUACAGAGCAUCGAAUUAACGUACAUAAAAAAUACGCAACACGAACGAAAGCCAUCGACUCGACUAUGCUAGUGAGAAGUUGUAAAUUAAAUAUUACGAUACAAUUACAUUAAUAACAUUAAUAAUAAUGAUGAUAAUAUUAAAAUUACUUAUGAUAACGAAUAAAUAAUCGAUAACAAUCACGUUUAUUAUCCAGAAUACGAGUCACAGAAAUAACGGUAAUAACACACUGAAAUAUAAUCUAAAGAAACACAAAGAUGUGAAUAAUAUUAAUGAUUACAAUAUUAUUAAUAAUAGAUACAUAUAUAUAAUAAUAUAUUACAAACAAAGAUGGAAAUAUAAUUUCAAUAUGCCUAAAGUGAUAUAUGGACGUAUAUAUAUAUAUAUAUAUGUAUACAGGUAUGUUUCAAACAAUGACCUGUAAUGCGUUGUUCCUUUCAUGGAUCAACUUUUGACAACGCAAUUAUGCGUCAUUAAUUAAACUGAAUGAACGUUUGACUUACGCACUAUAAAAUUAUCACUUAAUCUUUGCAGAAACUACCAGUCUCUCUUUCUAUUUCUCUAAUCGUUUAUACCAAUCUCAAUUUUCCGAGUACACGUUCCUGUAACACACUCGGUCAUCAUAAUUAUACAAUGCCGAUUCGGGUAUUAAUUAUUUUUACAUCGCCUAUAAAAUGUGCUACGAAAAUUAUUGUAACAAAAAUCCUCGGUACGCUGGAACGGAAAUUGCAAUUAAAAAAAAAAGAAAACCCGACGCUCAAUUGUUUUCUUCUUUUUGGAGACCCGAAUCUUAUACUUAUUUGUUUAAACAAUUGUAGU